UCUGGAUGUUGCCGUACCUCAACGAAAAUAAGUACAACAUCCAAGCCUGCAUCGCCUUUAAAUGGAGUGAGCACCGUGACCUUCAAGUUAGUAUUGAUUAUUAUUAUUUUACCUCAUGUCAAUGAUAGACGCUGAGAAUGUUCUUUAUAAUAAGUGGCGACCCUUUUCAUUGUUCCAGCCCUUCCUGCGUGCCCUUCGCCCAAUAUCAUCCGUCUGGUGGCGAACAAUGCGACUACUACAUACCAAGAACCUAAAGUUAGAAACACCCACGAGUGUGCGACCUUAUGCCAUCUUAUCUCACCGAUGGCUCGCAGACCGCGAAGAAGUCUCUUUCCAAGACUUGCAACACACGCAAGUUUCUCCUAGCGAAGGCUCUGAUCAUGCCGAGCCCAUUUUCCCUUCCAACAUUCAAAGCAAACAAGGCUUCGCAAAAUUCCAAAGAGCGUGCGAGCAUGCCUUCCAAGCUCAUCUCAAGUAUAUCUGGAUUGACACUUGCUGCAUUGACAAAAGCAGCAGUGCCGAGUUAUCAGAAGCGAUCAAUUCCAUGUAUGCAUGGUAUAGGGACUCCGCUGUGUGCUACGUUUACUUGCACGAUGUCGGUAACGAUGAGGACCCCCAAUUCGGUUUCGAAAACGCUCAGUGGUUCAAAAGAGGAUGGACCUUACAAGAGCUACUCGCUCCAGAUCAUGUCUAUUUCUUCAACAAGGACUGGAUUAUAAUCGGGAGCAAGGCAACAUUUGCGUCUACCCUGUAUCAAAUCACCCACAUCCACCAAGAUAUUCUGCUGGGUAACCGUCACCAGCGCGAAUCCAGUAUCGCGGAGAAGAUGUCAUGGGCUGCAGGACGAAAGACGCAGAGAAUAGAAGACAGAGCUUAUUCUCUGAUGGGGUUAUUUGGCAUCCACAUGCCCAUCAUUUAUGGAGAAGGAGACAAAGCUUUCAAGCGCCUGCAGCUCGAGAUCAUGAAAUCAUCGGAUGAUCAAACCAUCUUUGCCUGGCAGGAUUCAAUACAUUCGCAUUCUGCCAGAGAUCGCGGAUUGUUAGCGUCUACACCUGACGUUUUCAUGGGGGCUUCUGCGGUCGUCGCCAUCGAUUAUUCCCAUUUUAUCAACAUCCUUUCGAAAAGUCGCAUCCCCGUUGACGGACUAUCGCGUGAUUAUUCCAUUUCGAAUGAUGGCAUUCAAAUCACUCUUCCUAUGAAGGAAGCCUCAGAGGGGUGGCUUGCCGUCCUGAGAUGCAAGGGGGAAGAUCAGGAGUUUCCGUACGGGAUCUACUUGAAAAAAAUAUCUGGUUCCGACGAUUUUCUUCGAACUUCGCCCACAAUGCUUGAACAACUUGAGCGCAAAGAUCUCCAACACCUUACCCUGCGUAAAAUACGUAUUUUGGUCGACCAUCACACACUACCAACUACUAAACGCCGACAAUUCUUCACUUUUCGGUCUACAGAUUCCGUUUGGAAGCGCUGCGGUUACUAUGUAUGCCCUAAGCCGGGAGGCCAUGAUGUGGGUCAGGGGGGUGGCUACAAAGUUCUUGAUCCCAAGACUCGGAUUGAGCUUUCAAAUAAUAUGCAGUGUGGCUGCAUUUACUCCCAGGGCCCGCGUGGCGAAGUAACGGUCCUUCUCAUUGGAAUCGAACAUCACCGUCCUUGGGUACACCUCCUCGCAGAUGCUGACCUAUACCGAUACGUCGACACUUCGCCGAUUCGCCGUCAAACCCUCCAUAACGCCUCUUUGGUAUCUUCCCCUACUUCCUCCCAAUCUAGCAGCCAAGCUGAUCUCAUUUCUCCUCCUGCGCCACCUUCCCCUACCUCCCCCUAAUCUAAUCCUAAUUUGCCUCAUGUGCCGUCUUCUCGUUCAUCGUCUCUCUUCUCUGCUUCCGCCGGAACCUACAAUCCCAGACUUCCAAAGAGGAACUUCACAACCUCUUAUGCUGCGCAGCCGCGCGGAGGUGGCACUGGGUGUCCUGUGUGUUCUAUCAUUCAAGCCUACUCCAUCGAUAUAGAUGUCAUCAGGAAUAGCAGGGUUGAUUUCGUGAAUGAAACGAUGCCAGACAAGGUGAUUAAGAUCGAUAUCCGAAAGGGACAAGUUUGCGUCUCUGAGGCCACGCUUGGUGUUGACUAUGUUAUAACCAUAGCUGUAUCAGAAGUUUAAUUUGUGCCGAAAUUUACCUAGAGUACAAGUAAUACAUAUACUAAUACCUCCGGGUAUCAGUGCACUAAAUUCCAGUACUUACACUAACGAGAUUUGCACGGUAUUGACAUAGCCCAUGUGCCUCGAUUAUAAAGGAUUCCGUUAUUUAAACAGCAAGAAUGG